AUGUAUGGGUUUCUCACCGGGAACGGAAGAUUGGAGCGGACGCCCCGGUAUUUCCCUUUUUCCAACGCCGCCGCCAGCCCUGUGGACCGAGUGAGUUCCAGUGGCACGGGGACAGGGAGCUGGUCCGCCUUGAGGAGCGGAGGCAUUUCCCUGGGCUGGGAGGUUCCAGAAGGCCUCAGUGAGGAGAGAGAAACAGCGCCCAGGACCAUCUUCCAGAGAGUCCUGGACAUCUUGAAGAAGUCCUCUCAUGCGGUCGAGCUGGCCUGCAGAGACCCGUCCCGAGCGGAGCACCUCGCCUCCAGUCUGCAGCUCAUAACCGAGUGCUUCCGGUGUCUCCGAAAUGCCUGUAUCGAGUGUUCUGUGAACCAGAAUUCCAUCAGGAACUUGGAUACAAUUGGCGUCGCUGUUGAUCUGAUUCUCCUUUUCCGUGAGCUGCGGGUGGAGCAGGAGUCCCUGUUGACAGCAUUUCGCUGCGGCCUGCAGUUUCUAGGCAAUGUUGCCUCACGGAAUGAAGAUUCGCAGUCCGUCGUGUGGAUGCAUGCUUUCCCAGAACUCUUUCUGUCUUGCUUAAAUCAUCCAGACAAAAAAAUUGUCGCCUACUCAUCAAUGAUUUUGUUCACGUCCCUGAGCUCUGGGAGGAUGAAGGAGCUGGAGGAGAACCUGAACAUCGCCAUCGACGUCGUCGCGGCCCACCAGAAGCAGCCCGAGUCGGAGUGGCCGUUCCUAAUUAUUACAGACCAUUUUCUGAAAAGCCCGGAAUUGGUGAAAGCCAUGUAUGCCAAAAUGAGCAAUCAAGAAAGAGUCACGUUGCUGGACCUCAUGAUAGCGAAGCUCGUGGGUGACGAGCCGCUGACGACGGACGACAUCGCGGUGUUCCUGAGCCACGCCGAGCUGAUCGCCAGCACGUUUGUGGAUCAGUGCAAGAUGGUGCUGAAGUUGACCUCGGAGCAGCACGCGGAAGACGAGGAGGCGCUGGCCACGAUUAGGCUUCUCGACGUCUUGUGUGAAAUGACCGCGAACACCGACCUGCUCGGCUACCUGCAGGUUUUCCCGGGCUUGCUGGAGAGAGUGGUCGAUCUCUUACGACUGAUUCACGUCGCUGGCAAUGACACCCCGAACGUCUUCAGCACCGGCGGGUGUGUGAAAGCGGAGGGGGACGUCUCGAACAUGGCUGAGGGCUUCAAGUCUCAUCUCAUUCGUCUGAUUGGAAAUCUGUGUUACAAGAAUAAAGACAACCAAGACAAGGUGAACGAGCUGGACGGCAUCCCCCUGCUCCUGGACAGCUGCAGCCUCGACGACAAGAACCCCUUCCUGACCCAGUGGGUGGUGUAUGCCAUCCGAAACCUUACGGAAGACAACAGCCAGAACCAAGACUUGAUCGCCAAGAUGGAGGAGCAGGGGCUGGCAGAUGCCUCCUUGCUGAAGAAGAUGGGGUUUGAAGUGGAAAAGAGGGGGGACAGGCUGAUUCUGAAGUCUACCAGUGACACGCCUCCGCUGUGAAUGAACUCUCCAUUGAAGUGUCUGAAUUUGGGGAAUCUGUUUCAUGGACUUUUCUUCAUCUCCUGCAGGAGGUCAGAUUGCAAGGGUUUGCAGAUUUGUUAAAUACAAAUUCGGGAACACGUGAGUCUCUUAGGUACUAGAGGUAGAUGUGUCUGAGCUCGAAAGUGAAAGUAACUUGAGUAUUCUGUUGUUUCUUUGCUUUAGAAACGUAACUGUCUGGUUUGCCUUUGUCCCCGUGGAUACAGUGUGCAUUUAAGUCAUAUAUUGUACUUACUGCGCGCAGGUAAUAAACUCUUUUCCUGGAGGGCGCAUCCCUCGUUUGGCAAAGCCUGGGCCGCUUGCUUGGAUUCCGUUUGUUCCUUCAGAUGGCGAAUCAGCCCGAUGCCUUUUCUUCUCUGCUCGCUGGGUUUUCUGAACUCUGGCAGGCAGCUGAAGUAGUUUCUCACUGUGAUUAAUUCUCGCAGUCUCUUUUCACCCUUUCUGCCUUUCCAAAACAUUGACAAGACUCAUUUCCAGCUAAUUAAUUCGAGAGAUGCUGAAGAAUAGAGAAGCUCCCUCUUCAUUUUAGGGACUGGGCUGUGCUGUCACUGAGCCCAGCCCUUGGGGACAUAGGGGACCUGACAGGGAGGGGGCGGGGGUGAGCAUGCGGGCCGUUAACUCUUCUCUUUCCAAAUCCCCUGGGAACUAGACCUCCAGACCCAUUGUUCUCCCAGGCGCAGGCCUGCCCCCUCCUCCGUCAAGGGCGCUCUCUGCGCAGGACCACGGGAUUAAAGCACGUCCGUGUCGUGUUCAGUUUCAAAGGCGCCGUCUCCCACAGCACCCACUUUCCAUGUUUCCGCCACGCUCCGCUUGCCGGAGUUACAAAAGUAGCGCCAGGGCCCAGGAGCUAAUCUGACCCACCUCUGUCUCUCUGCCCUCUUCUCCCUGCCCGUAUUCCAAUGUUAGAGGCGGGGCUGGACUAGGCAAGCGCUGGCAUCCCUGCUGCCGCCCAGAGCGUUGAUGUGGCCGCAGGGGGCUCCAGCGCGAGGUCGUGUACGAGCGCAUAGCACGCCCUCCAGCAGCCGUGUUACUGACUGUCCAGAGUGUGCACAGUCCCUGUCGAAUCCUCCAAAAUAAAAGCAGCAAAGACCCAGCCAGAAGCUUCACAGACAUACUGAUUGUUCCAGAGUAAAGUGCUUCUGAGUUUUCUGUAAGCCCUACAUAAACCGCUCUGUAAAAACAACGUAAGCGUGUUCAGAAUGAAAUAAAAGUUGUCCCGCAUGCUAA